AUGUCGACCAUUCCGCGUACGCUGCGCAACAUUCGCAAGGUUGGAAUCAAGGACUACUUGGUUCAGAUGUGGGCCGGAACCUAUAUGGGCAAGGACCGCGCCGGCAACAAGUUCUUUGAAAACGGCGAGGAGCUGCCCCUGCGCACGCGCUGGGUCCAGUACGCCCAGCACGACUUUGACGCCGCCCAAAUCGAGCCCGGCUGGCACGCCUGGAUGAGCUACGCCGUUGACACCGUGCCCGGCGAAGACCCCCUCCUGACCGCCGGCACCCGCAAGUUUGAGCCCGCCCUGCCGAAGCCGAAUUACACGCAGACGCGUGGUGCCUUCAAAACCUACAACACUACCAAGAGCAAGCUGACUGCUUGGGAGCCUGUCGCUGCGCCGAGAUCAUAA